GGACGAGACCCCUUUUUGUUACUCAUGGUUCUCGGAGAUAUAACGCGGGCUCGCGCCGAGUGUGCUUCUUGCGACCACGGGCUACCUCACCAAGCUCGGUCCAGGAGAGGAGACCUCUGACACCCUUCCCAGGCCACAAUGUUAUCGAGGGUGGCCCUUUGCCUAGCCGCCGCCGCCGGCCUCCUGUCGGGUCCGGGGUCGGCGCAGGUGACCAACGCGACAACCGAGAGCGCCAAGGUCGGCUGGCUGGGUGGCACGGCACCAGCGCACCAUUCCGGCGUCACCUUCGGGCUGCCCUGGUCCCGCGGAAAGCACCGACCCGGUCAGACCAAGUUCACCGCUGGCGACGGCGGCGAGCUUCAAUCCUGGGUGACGGCUUACUGGCCCGACGGCUCCAUCAAGUGGACGGGACACGCCGUUCCUGCUGCCCAGAACCCUGCGUCCGAAUACACCGUCGUGGCGACCACGGGCCCCAAGACAUGCUCACGGAAAAACUCAACCAAGCGGAACCUUGACGGUGGCUCCAAGUCUAGUCUGGUCAAGGCCAACAGCGAGACCGAAAUCACGGUGGACACAGGCAAAAUUUCCGUAUCAUUCGCCAAGAAAGGCAGCGUCCUCGUCAAGUCGAUCGCAACGGCGGGCGGCAAAAUAGUCGGGCAAAAUGGCCGGCUCGUACUGCAAUCGCAGUCGGGCGUCGCCGACGAGGCUGGCGGCAGCACCCCGGCGGCCGAGCGCUACAGCUUCGAAAGCAGCAUCGACAACGUGACGGUGAGCGAGCAGUCGCCUGUCCGGGCGCUCGUCACCGUCCGCGGAAAACACCAGCAGACGUCCAGCAGCGCGGCCCACCACGACGCCUGGCUCCCCUUUGUGCUGCGCUUCUACCUGUAUGCGGGUGCCGAGUCGCUGCGCAUCGUGCACAGCAUCGUCUACGACGGCGACGCGCAAAAGGACUUUAUCGCGGGCGUGGGCGUCCGCUUCGACGUCCCGCUCGAUGGCGAGCAGCUGUACGACCGGCACGUCCGCCUCUCGGGUGUUGACGGCGGGCUCUUCAGCGAGGCGGUCAAGGGCAUCACGGGGCUGCGUCGCGACCCGGGGCUGGCGGUCAAGCAGGCGCAGUUUGACGGCCGCAAGACGCCCGACGAGAGCACCUGGGACACGAGGGUCACGUCGCGCCUGCACUGGGUCCCGAACUUUGGCGACUUCAGCCUGACGCAGCUCACGCCCGACGGGUUCAGCAUCAAGAAGCGGACCAAGGCGGGCCAGUCUUGGAUACAUAGCACCGGCGGCACGAGGUCGGGUGGCAUAGCGUACCUGGGCGGCGCGAGCAAGGGUGGGCUGGCGGUCGGGAUGCGACAUUUCUUGAAACGACACCCGACGGCGUUCGAUAUCAGGAACGCUGCCAGCGACACUGGAGAGAUGACGCUCUGGAUCUACAGCCCAGAGGCCCAGCCGCUCGACCUCAGACCCUUCCAUGACGGGCUGGGGCAGAAGACGUACAAGGACCAGCUGGACGCGCUCGAGAUCACAUACGAGGACUGGGAGGAGGGUUUUGACACCCCGUACGGCAUCGCGAGGACAAACGAGAUCUUCGUGUUUCCAUUCGCCCAGACCCCGUCGCGGCAGUUUAUCUCGGACCUGGCCGACCACGUCGAAAACCCACCCGUCCUCACGGCGUCCCCGGAAACCUAUCACGCGUCUGGGGCGUUUGGCACGUAUUGGUCACUGCCUGGCAAGACGGCCUCCCCGACCGCGGCCGCCAUCGAGCGCAACAUGGACGUCCUCUUCAAGCUGUACGAGGGCCAGGUCGAACAGCGGCGGUGGUACGGGUUCCUGGACCACGGCGACUUCAUGCAUGCCUACGACGCGGACCGGCACACGUGGCGCUACGACGUGGGCGGCUACGGCUGGGACAACUCGGAGCUGUCGCCCAACCUCUUCUUCUGGCAGCUCUUCCUGCGCACGGGCCGGGCCGACGUCUACCGCUUCGCCGAGGCGCAGACGCAGCACACGGGCGAGGUGGACGUGUACCACGUCGGCAAGUGGAGGGGGCUGGGGACGCGGCACGGGGUGCUGCACUGGGGCGACAGCGCCAAGCAGGCGCGCAUCUCGACGCCGCAGUACCGCAAGUACUUCUACUUUGUUUCGGGCGGCGACGAGCGCGUGGGCGAGCUGAUGGAGGAGACGCUGGACGCGGACGCGACGUUUGGCUUCCUCGACGCGCGCCGCAAGGUCCGCAACGACGGCUUCAAGCCGUCGCCCACGGCGGCCGACAUCGGGCUCGGGACCGACUGGGGCGCGCUGGCGGCGGGCUGGCUGAUCGAGGUGGAGAGGCGCGGGGGACGGUACGAGGAAGCGCUGGGCAAGCUCAACCGGACCAUGGCGGGCAUCGCGCGGCUCAAGAACGGCUUCGUGACGGGGUCGGCGACGCUCAACACGCUGACGGGCGAGCUUGGCCCGCCGCCGGGCGACGAGGGCAACAAGGGCGUGGUGGGGAUCUCGCACCUCUCGGCCAUGUUCGGGCUCGUCGAGGUGGUGCACGAGAUCACGGAGCACUUUGGCGGGGGCGGGGCGCUGCCGGCGGGCUUCGACGCGGCCUGGCUCGACUACUGCGUCUACUACGGGGCGUCCGGGGCGGAGCAGGCGGCGAGGUACGGGGCGGCCUUCUCGGGUGUGAGCCUGCGGCAGGGCCACUCGCGGCUGACGGCGUACGCGGCGAAGCGGCUGGGCGGCGAGGGCAACGGCACGGCGCUGGCCAAGAGGGCGUGGGACGAGUUCCUGCGCAAGGAUGGCCUCGGGCCGACGCUGUCGUGGGCGACAAACAGGGUCAACACGCCUGACUUUGUCGGGCCCGCAGACGAGGCGCCGUGGAUGAGCUCCAACGAUCUGGGGCUGUAUGGGUGUGCGGCCAUUGAGAACCUGCAGUUGGUGCCCGAGGCCAUCGACUUGUGAGGAUGGAAGUGGAGAGGAAAGUGAUGGAAUGAUGGGGCUCCAUGAUGUUUGUUCCUUCCCGAAUCGGAGAUGUCCGCCAAUUAAAUGGCUCAUGAUUCACCCAGCUAGCAGUCAUGAUGGAAUUCUUAC